AUGUCAGCUAAUACAUGGAAGACUGGUGAGGACAGUGAAAAUGAUCUGCAACCUAAUGGAGCUAAUAAUUCAAAGAAGAAAUAUAUCAGGAUACCAAAACAUAGGGAUUGUAGCUUCUUGCCUAGUUCGUCAAAUACUAGAAAGCUUUCGCCCAGUAAGUCUAGUAUGAUCAUACCAUCUUCUAGCACGAAUUUAGAUUCUCACGUUUUUAUAGAUAUAAAAUCACCGAGCUUCAAGAGUCAUAUCAGAGAGGAAGAAGGGAUUAUAAAUAGUCUCCGUAAUGAUUUUUUAAAUGAACGGUUCACUACAAAGCCAAACUCAUAUGAUAGUAAUUUGAGUGCUCACACAUCGUCUUCAUACGUUACAUCAGUUCCAAGUGAAAAGUCGAACUUAUCUGUUGUUGGUGGAGAUAUUACAAGAGAUAUAUACAAGCUAGCUCAAUCUAACGAAGAAAAAGGGCUUAGAAAAGUGAAGUCAUUUGAAGACUUAGCUUCUAUAUCAUCAAGGGCACCAAAUGACACUUCUGCAAGUUCAAUAAAUGUUCCUGGCGGUUUUAGGAGAGAGUUUAUUGUAAAAAAGAUGAGGAAUUCUAAUCAAAAUUCAAGAAGAAACAGUAAUAAAAGACAAGAGAGUAAUGUAUCAUCUUUUACAUCAUCAGUAGAAUCUGAUGGUGACAAUUUGAUUGAUAAAGUACCUUUUUUGACAAGGAAUUUUCUCGAAUUUCUCUAUUUAUAUGGUCAUUUUGCAGGUGAAUCCUUCGAGGACGAUUUUUUCGACGAAGAUGACAACUAUAAUGAAUCAUUAACUUUUGAGGAAGAGAGGUCACCUCUAGUCACCGGCCUCACUCUGCCUGAUUCUGUCACAAGAGCGAACGUAGAAACUAUUAAGGGUACAACUUCAACAAGAAAGGCAUUUUUACUAUUAUUAAAGUCCUUUGUUGGAACUGGUGUUCUUUUUCUUCCUGAUGCUUUCCACAAUGGUGGCCUAGCAUUUUCUAUUAUUGUUUUAACACUGGUGGGUCUCUACUCUUACUGGUGUUAUUAUAUUCUCGUUCAAACUAAAGUCAAAGUGAAGGCAUGUUCUUUUGGUGAUAUUGGCUCGCAGCUGUAUGGAAAAUGGAUGAAAUCUGUAAUUCUUGUGGCUAUCUUUGUAAGUCAGCUAGGAUUUUCUGCAGCUUAUAUGAUAUUCACGGCAAAAAAUUUGGGGGCAUUUUUACAAAAUAUAUUUCAUCUUAAAGACUUCAAUCUGGGGUAUAUUAUGAUAAUCCAGCUAAUUUUUUUUGUACCACUAUCAUUCAUAAGGAAUAUAUCAAAAUUAUCAUUACCUUCAUUGAUUGCCAAUGUGUUCAUAAUGUUAGGGCUUCUAAUUAUACUAAUUUUUGCAUCAAAACAUUUAUUUUUAGAUUUAGGUGUACAUCCCGCAGCAGGUGUGGAGUACGGAAUUGAUCCGAGAAGAUGGACACUAUUUGUAGGGACUGCAAUUUUUUCUUUUGAAGGCAUAGGACUGAUCAUUCCUGUGCAGGAUUCAAUGAAACGGCCGGAAAAGUUUUCCCUGGUAUUGAAACUAGUAAUGAUUACUACAACGAUCAUCUUUAUAACUAUUGCAACAGUUGGUUAUUUGGCAUAUGGUUCCGAAAUUCAAACGGUUGUGCUUUUGAAUCUCCCACAGGGCAAUUUGUUCGUCAAUCUAAUCCAAUUUCUUUACUCCUUAGCUAUCAUGCUCUCUACUCCAUUACAACUUUUCCCAGCAAUAAAGAUACUGGAAGGUAAGGUUUUUUAUAGGUAUAAUAAAAAGGUGUCAAGACAACUGAGUGGCGAAGCCAACGAAAGUACCAAAGGCGGUUCUUAUUCUGGUAAAUCUAAUAUGAAAAUCAAAUGGCUAAAAAAUUUAUUAAGGUCAACCAUUGUUGUAGGUGCUAUUUUAAUAGCCUACCUAGGGAUGGACUCAUUGGAUAAAGUUGUGUCUAUAAUAGGUUCGUUUUGCUGCUUACCACUGGUAUUUAUUUUACCACCUCUACUGCACAUGAAAAGCUGCAUGGACAGCAGCAGAGAUGAUAAUAAACAUACUAUUUUGGUAGAUCGAGUAUUAAUAGCAUGUGGUAUUGUCGCUAUGUUUUAUACGUCUUACCAAAGCUUAUUUACAUGA